AUGGAGAGAACAGGCGAGGCUUCUGAAAUAGCAUGGAUCCAGACAAUGGGGCAGACCGUGCUCUCAGUCUGCAAUGGAAGAGCUACAAGCUUCUUCAGGACCCAACCAUAAGGAGGGUUGCCCAGAAAAUCUACAGAUACGAUGGAAUUCACUUCAGCGUUCCAGAUUCAGGUUUCCCACCGGUUGGGGAGUUACGUGACCCCCGACCACGCCGGAUCUGGUCUAGACACACUGACAUGGUGCUGCCAUUGCCGAAAUUUAAGCUGGAUGAAUACUAUGUGGGACCCAUCCCACUUAAGGAGGUGACUUUUGCUCGUCUCAAUGACAACAUCAAGGAGCCCUUUUUGGCGGAGAUGUGUGCCAAGUUUGGUGAGGUGGAGGAGAUGGAAAUCCUGUUCCAUCCGAAGACCAGGAAGCACCUUGGCCUUGCAAGGGUGCUGUUCACCAGCACUAGAGGAGCGAAGGAUACAGUCAAGCACCUGCACAACACCUCGGUCAUGGGCAACAUUGUCAAUGUCCAGCUUGACAUAAAAGGCCAGCAGAGAAUGAAGUACUAUGAUCUGAUAGUGAAUGGCUCCUACACCCCACAAACAGUACCCACUGGAGGAAAGGCCUUGAAUGAGAGGUUCCAGCCUCCUGCCCCCACCCAGCCAGACACGUCCUCAGAUAUUAGGCGGCGGCUUUCAACAGAACAGUUGACGAUGCCCGCUGGCGCACCCCCCGUUUCGUCUGGUAGCACCACACCGUGUUCUGCGGAUACAGGCUUUGGUGAUCAGCGUCUGGACAACACCCCAUCUUCCUUGGGCGGGCCCUACACCCCAGGUUCCACAUCCUCCCAGGGUGGAGGGACUCCCUACACCCCUCGCUCGGGGACCCCUUUCUCCCAAGAUUCCGGCUUUGGCGUUGGAAGGCACGGUGGUUUCAGUGCUGGUCCUAUGGGAAGCGGCUACCCUCCGCAGGACAUGCUGCCCUCGUCCUCCUGUUCCUCCUCAGCAGUCUCCUCCUCCUCGUCACUGGGCGGCUUCAAGGGCUCCCGCUACCACGACGACCCCCACAUGCCACCCCAGGAGCCCCCCAUGUUCCACCGAGGUCGCCCUGGCUACCCGCCGCCCUCCGCUCCCUUCCGACCCAACGAGCCUCCCUGUUACCCGCCUUUCGCCAACCCCGGCGGCCAUCACAUGCCCCUUCACCCGCCCAUGCCCCCUCCCUCGCAAGUCCCCCAGUACGAGCAGCAGCCGCCCAUGUUGGACAGAGACAGGGACAGAGACAGGGGUCCGGGGAGGGACAGGGACCGAGAUCGGGACCGCGAAAGGGACCGAGACCGAGACUCGGCUGGGCGCUACGGAGGCAUCAGCUCCCGCCGCGGCUCCUACCACAACCAGCAGGAACCCGCCGCCUCCUCUUCCUCCACCUCCACCUCCUCGGCCUCCUCCUCGGCCAAGUCCUCCCAUCAUUCCCACCACGGGCACCACGGGCACCACGGAGAGCGGCGGGCCAGCGAGGACCGGGAUCGGGGCUACCGGCGCGACAGCGUGGGCUCGCGCUCAGGGGACCACGGCCACCAGAGGCACCGCAACCACCACCACUCCCACAACCACCACGGGGCCAGCCGCCGGCGCGACAGCCGGGACCGCGAGCGCGACUGGGAGCGCGACGCGCCCGACUACGCCAGCAGUUCCGACCCGCGCUACGGCCACCCCAACUCCUCCUCAGGGCACCACCGCUCCUCCAACAGCCUGUCGCCUCCCUACUCGUCGUCGUCCUCCUCCGGCUCGGCGUCUAAAGACCAUCUCCCGCCCCCCCACCACGAACCCUCCAGCUCCUCUCGCCUGGACCCCGCGUCCUCUCGCCUCGGGGACCGGGGCCUGGGCAGCUCGUCGGACGGCGACUUCCGGCCCGUUCCACACCACACUCCCCUGCCGCCUCCUCCUCCGCCUCCUCCCCCGCCGUUGCCCCCGGCUUCGGUCAUCGCGGCGGCCGUGGCCGAGACUCUGGGCGCGCUAGACUUCGGUCAGGACAGUCCGGUGCGUGAGGAGCAAUGGACCAAACCCAAACGCCGUCCCAGCACGCCGCCCAUCCCUCCCCGCUCCCCUCCGCCCUCCUCCCCUCUCCAUCCGGCCGUGGCCUCUUCCUCCAGCUCGCCCUCUUCUACUUCCCUGCCUCACCACCUCCCCCCCUCCUCCUCCUCUGCCUCCCUCUCGCCUGCACUGCCCCAGCGCGACUCUUCCUCCCCCGAGCCGGACUCAACCAACGAGAGCCUGCCGUUCAUGCACCACAGCAGCAGCCUGGACUCGCGUAUCGAGAUGCUCCUCAAGGAGCAGAAGGCCAAGUUCUCCUUCCUGGCCUCCGACGAGGAGGAAGAGGAGGGCGAGGACAGGCCGAAGGGCUCGGCGGGUCCGCGAGACGCGUCGGGAGCGGGCACCGCGCCCGGCACGGAGGAGAGCAGGAGCAGGAAGUCCCGGGAGGAAGGUGGAGAGAGGGAGCGCCAGCGGAGGAGAGGAGAGACGGAUGAGACCCACGCGCGGAGGAAAGGAGAGCGAGAGCGCGACGGGCGCAGGCACCGCGGCCGCAAGCAGGGCCCCGAGGAAGCGGAGGAGACGAGGAAGAGCCCCGCGGUGAUCGCCGCGGCAACCCCAUCCUCGUCGACGGCGCAGAGCACUGUCUCGGAGUCGCCGCUGGUCCAGAGUAGCCUCCCCAAUGCCUACAGGCAGGACGAACCCGUGGACAGCAAGAAGAAGGGGGCACAUACGCCACCCACCUACAACGGGCAAACCCAGGCCUCCCCUCACUCCUCUGGGGAGGACAUGGAAAUCUCCGACGAGGAGGAGGAGAACCCCAUGGCCGCAGCCUCGGCCCUGUCGUCCUCCUCGUCGCCGACGGCCUCCUCGCAGUCGGCGCUGCCCGCUCAGACGCCGGACCCCUCGUCCUCGCCCCCGCCCUCCCUCUCGGACUCGGGCCAGCACUUCAGCUCGGCCAUGCCACCGCCCCCCAUCCCCUCGUACCCUCCGCACCUGCCCCCGCCGCCCCCGCCGGGCUUCUCCCUGCAGCCCCCUCCCCCGCCGGGCAUCCCGCCGCCGCUGCCGCCCAUGGAGCUGCACCCGGAGUACCCGCCGCCGCUGGGCCACCACCUGCCUUACGACUACGCCUCGUCCGUGGAGCUGAUGAGCCAGUACAGCGGCGGCGCGCCCAUGUCCUUCCAGAUGCAGACGCAGAUGCUCAGCCGGCUGCACCAGAUGCGCGCCACGGGCUCCUCCAACGGCACGGCGGCCCCCCCGCCCGGCGAGGCGCCACCCCCGGGGGCCUCCUACCACCUGCACAGCAUGCCCCCGCCGCCGCCGCACCACCCUUACAUGGACCAAGAGGGCGCGGCGGGCGCCCACUACGACCAGGACCACCGCUACAUGCCCCCUCACAUGCCCUACGCCUACCCGGACCCGCACACGGGCCAGCUGCCGCCCCCGCACCACCCGCACUCGCUGCCGCCGCCUCCGCCGCCCUCGGCCUGGCCUCCGCACGUGCUGCCCCAGCACUACCCCUCGCACUACCCGCCGCCGUUCGGGGUGCCGAGCGGCGCCGAGGGGGAGCAGUACGUGGCGGCGGCCGACCCGCAGGUGCCCAUGCUGGGCCAGAGCCCGCACGAGGCCACGGUGCAGCUGGUCAUGGCCUCGCUCAUCCAGGAGAUGAAGAACAUCAUGCAGAGGGACCUCAAGCGCAAGAUGGUGGAGAACAUCGCCUUCGGCACCUUCGACGAGUGGUGGGAGCGCAAGGAGAGGAAGGCCAAGCCCUUCCAGACCCCCAUGCGAGGUGUGGCGGUGCAGGAGGAGAAGAAGGAGGAGAAGCAGCAGACCAGCAGCCGACCGGUGCAGCCGCUCAUGUCCCUGGUGGACUGGGCCAAGAGCGGCGGCAUGGAGGGCUUCGCCCUGCGGGGGGCGCUCCGACUGCCUUCUUUCAAGGUAAAAAGGAAAGAACCGCAAGAGCUGGAUGAUGGCGGAGAGAUGAAGAUCAAGCGACCCUCCACACCGCCUGAUGAGGAAGAUGAAGACUCUUACCAGGGUAAAGUUGCGGACGGCGCCGGUGGCCGAGGGGACGGAGACGGCCGCGGCUCCGAGCGGGACAGCAGUAGGCGGCGGAAGAAGAGGACGAAGAGCAGGAAGGGCUUUGACCUGGACAGUGAAGGAGAGGAGACGUCCGAGGGCUCCUCCUCUGACAAGGAAGAUGAAGACAGCGACAAGGAAGAUGAGUCAGAUGAUGAGGCAGUCAGUGGUGACAGUGACGACGAAAGCCUCUCCUCUUCCUCGGAAACGUCCUCUUCCUCAUCACUAUCCUCGUCGUCAUCAUCCGAGGAUGAGGAAGAGGAGGAAGAGGGCGAGAGGGCCGGGGAGAGUGAAGGUCUGGACACCAUGGAUGAGUCCACCAUGGACAGCAUGGCUCUAGACUCUGAAAAGGAGAAUGAGAGUGACAGAGCACUUGUCAAUCAAUCAGCUACAGCCGCUGGCUCAGAGAUUAAAUCAGAAGUCACUCCAUUACCAAAGGACCAGCGGCCCCCCUCUCCACCCAUGCCUCCCCCACGCCCGUCCUCCCCGGUCCUCCUCCUCCCCCCGCUCAAGAAGCGCAGGAAGACCGUCUCCUUCUCCACGGACGAGUCCGACUUCAAGCCCCCCAGCGCCCCCCUGCCCCAGUCUCCCUCGGCCGCCGCUGCCCCCCAGGCCGCCCCGCUCCUCCCAGUCAAAGCACAACCCCCCGAGCCCUCGGCCAUCGCGCCGGCCGCCCCCGCCCUCGCCGCCACCGUCCCCGCAGCCUCCCCAAACAACAAAACCCCGCUGCUGCUCCCCUUCGCCUCGCGGCCGGGCGAGGCCAACGCACUGUCCCCGUCCCCGGGCCCCGCGGCCGUGCUCACCGUGCCGCCCCCGGUGCGCGCCCUGCGGCCCGAGGAGCCCAAGAAGCCACUCAGCGCCAAGCAGCGGCGCGCCGCGGCAGCCGCCGCCGCCAGAGACGCGCCCAAGCCCGCGCCCGUGUGCCGCACCGUCCAGAACCUGCCGCUGGACCAUGCGUCCAUGGUGCGCGUGGCCUACGAGGACCCGCCGCCCAGCCCCGUCAAGGGGCGCGGGCGCGGCCGGCCGCGCACCUCCAGCGUCUCGGCGCCCUCGGCCAGCCACCCGCCGCUGCUGGAGGAGGACGAGGACGAGGACGACGCGCUGGACGAGCGGGAGCGCGAGCAGCGGCUCCGGCUGCGGGAGCAGCUGGGCGCGUCCAGCCUGCUGCAGCUGGCCUCGGCGUCCACGCCCGACCUGGCCGUGCUGGCCGACGUGGCGCUCACGCUGGAGCCCGGCGACGGCGACUCGGAGGAGACGGAGACGUCGGACGAGGCCGAGGAGCACAAGCUGGAGGAGGACGACUUCCUGUUCUCGCCGCGGGGCCGCGCGCCCGCCCCGUCCGCCAUGCACCCCGAGGGCCUGCUGGCGCUCGCCGAGCACAACUACUUCCGGGCGCCCGUGGUGCCCCAGCCCUCGCCGACCCACGCCGCCCACCGGAAGGGCUCCGGCGGCAAGGCCGAGCCGGCCCUGCUCUUGCCCUCCGACCUCAACCACCACGCCAUCUCGAGCGUGCUGGAGGCGCCGGAGGAGGUCAUCGGGGAGGCCGCCAGCGCCGACCCGUACGGGCCCCUGGGACUGCUGUGCGAGGCCGGAGACGUGGCCGAGGCGAAGGCGGCGGCGCUCACCCCGCCGGGACCAGGGCCCAAGCGCAGGGGCCCCGCCGCGGCGCGGGAGACCGAGCUGGAGGCCGUGGUGCUGGGGAAGACCAAGAAGAGGAGGAGGAAAGACUCCGCAGAGCUGGAGACCGUUUCGCCCAAGAAGCAGAAGGAGAAGGAGACAAAAAAGCAGAAGAAGAGGAAGCUGGAGGAUGUGGAGCCGGAGGUGGACGUGGACGUGGAGCAGCUGGAGUCAGGCGAGCUCUCGGACUCGGACGACCUGUCCGACUCGGACGACGAGCUGUUCGGCCGCACCGCCGACGGCCAGCACGAGGAGCUGCGCAAGAGCGAGCGGCUCUUCCUGCAGGAGGCGGGCCUGACCCCCCAGCGGCGGCCCAAGCAGCACCAGCUCAUCCCGCGCAUGCCCUCGCCGCCCCCGCCACUGCCGCUCUCCUACGACCAGCGCAGCGAGUUCGAGCAGAUGACCAUCCUGUACGACAUCUGGAACUCGGGGCUGGACGGCGAGGACAUGCGACUGCUGAAGAGCACCUACGAGAAGCUCCUCCAGAACGACCAGAGCUCAGACUGGCUCAACGACACCCACUGGGUCCCCCACACUGUGACCAAUCUCCCGCACGCACGGCGCAAGAAGAAGGCGGUGGACGGACAGCUGAGGGAGCAUGUGACCGGCUGUGCCCGAAGCGAGGGCUACUAUGCCAUCAGCCGCAAGGAGAAGGAUGUCUACCUGGACCUAGACCUGCCCGAGUCCAUGCUGGAGAUGGACUACGACGUCACGGGUUCCAACCGCCUCCUCUCGGAGAGGCGCUCAGAGCAGCGGCGUCUCCUCAGUGCCAUCGGCACGCCGGCCGUCAUGGACUCCGACCUCCUCAAGCUCAACCAGCUCAAGUUCCGGAAGAAGAAGUUACGUUUUGGACGCAGUCGUAUCCACGAAUGGGGCCUGUUUGCCAUGGAGCCCAUUGCAGCGGACGAGAUGGUCAUAGAAUAUGUGGGCCAGAACAUCAGACAGAUGGUGGCUGAUAACCGCGAGAAGCGCUACGCUCAAGAGGGCAUCGGGAGCAGCUACCUGUUCAGGGUUGACCACGACACAAUCAUAGAUGCCACCAAGUGUGGAAACCUGGCUCGCUUCAUCAACCACUGCUGCACGCCCAACUGUUACGCAAAGGUGAUCACCAUCGAGUCGCAGAAGAAGAUUGUGAUCUACUCCAAGCAGCCCAUUGGCGUCAAUGAAGAGAUCACCUACGACUACAAGUUCCCCAUCGAGGAGAACAAGAUCCCCUGCCUGUGCGGGACAGAAAACUGCCGUGGAACUCUCAACUGAGAAGCCUCGUGGCUAGACGGACCCCAGUGCUCACACACACACACACACACACACACACACACACACACACACACACACACACACACACACACACACACACACACUCCUAUUCCUCCUGCCUGGUUAGCACUGCCUCGCAGCAUUCAGAUCCUAGGCCACCCCCUCCACCCCAGCUUCCAUAGUGACACCCUCUUCAACAACAGAGAAAAGAAAGAACGAAAAAGAAAAAAAAACACCGUUUCUCAUAUCCAGUGACUACAGGCUACCUAGCAGCUGGUUGAACUCUGCGCCGACUGUCUGACUUUCUUCACAAGCUAAGUCAAGCCGGCCAACUCCAAAGCAAACCUACAUGCCUAUGACCCUCAUAGAGACUUCUAGUCUGCUGCUCAAUGACUGGAAGUAGAACAUGGGAACACACACAGUCUCCCCCCCCCCCGGCUUACUGACAGUGUGUGUGCGCAGGCGCAGGCCUCUCACACAGAUCACUCUGAGAGUGGCUCUGCAGGAGCGGGUCGAUGAGUGGGCCGUGAUCCAAAAGCCGUAUUUGUUCAACACAAAUUUCAUCCGAAUUCCAGGUCCUGGAAUUUUCUCUUGCUGCAGUAUUGAAUGAGUUGUAUGUGUGUGUGUGUGUGUGUGUGUGUGUGUGUGCAUGAAUGAGCGAGAGAGAGUAAAUGUGUGGAAGAUGUUCAGGUCACAGUGUUCUUAUGCCCUUUUAGAGUUUUAUUUUUUAAUGUUUGACUGAGAGUCUGUGAGUUGAUGAUCAGGCCUUGUCUGAAAAGAUAAUGCUUCACAUCUCUCUUUUUUUCUUUCUUUCUGUCUCUCUCUCUCUUUCUCUUCCUCUCCCUCUCUAUCUCUAGUUCACUCACAUGUUCUGCGGCUCUGUUGCUGUCUGCCAGGACAAUGUUCAUACCGUUGGCAGAUGUUUCGUUUAGUUCCUUUCCUUAAGUGCUUAUACCUUCAAGCGCACAGCUGUCAGUUGGCAGAAUUGCAUAUUGCCAUUUAAAGGGCAUAUUGAGCUGGCUGCAUUCAAAGAUGGCCAUUUUAAAGAUGCAUUCUUAAAUAAUGCAAGACAUUGGAAGAGCUAGGUGGUUUCUGUUCAGAAUAAAGUUCGCAACAUUGUUCUUAGAUAAGGAUGAACUUUUCAGCACUAUAAGUAUUAUGCCUAUACUACAAGGCUUUUAAAGUUUGGUAUAAACUGUGAGAGCAGUGAAAGUGAUCGUGUGCCCAUCCUUAGCUGUGGCUUGUGAUUGGCAUGUUUCCGCUGCACAGUAUGCAGAGUUUGAUUUCUUGGCUCUGUCUUUGGUUUUAUUGUCGCCUAUUUCCCAUGGUGGUUAGAAUUGCUUCAGUUCACAUGACAUACCCAUACUACUCAGUACUCAACAUGUGAAAAACCAAACAAACUUUCACUUUAAGUGGAGAUCAAAAGGCAGUGAGAUGUGUGAUAAGUGCAGUAGGCUUUAUUUUUCUUUUUUUCCCUUUUCAGUGUUUAUUUUUACCAGAUUGGCAACCCUGUGAACUGAGAGAAUUGUUUUUAUGGCCUUUUUAAAACACUGGUGGUAGGUUAUUAGAAGAAAACAAAUCUAAUUAUACCUUUAAAUGGACCAAGUUUGACCCUCAUUUUAUCCCCUGUCCCCAAUUAAAGUGUGUGUGUUUGUGUGAAUGGGUGGUUGUGCUUUGAGAGAAUGUUUGCAAGAGAUUACCUUUGUAAAGGAGGCAAGGUUUUGUCUAAGAAUGACAUUUUAAAGAAUUUUCCCUGAAGUUAGGGGGAUUGGUUGUGCAGAAUUUUGUGUUCACCAAAUGCGACCCAGCUUGACCGGACUGAUCAUUCAGGCAGAAUGUUUAGUGCAACUGAUGGAACGGAAUGUCUGUGCUCAGGCCAAGUCACCAAGUGUGUCCAAAGUGGGUCGACUGUCAUUGACUUUAAUCUAAAUGUGUGUUACAGUUUUAUGUUUUUUUUUUAUUAUUAUUAUCCUGUCACGCGACCCUGUCAGCAUUCACUUACUCUGGCAAGAGGGAACCCUGUAAAAUAUUUCUAGGCUCUGCGGCAGCCUUUCAGUGCAAACUGACCCUCUGAGGUGAAAGUAAAAAAAAGCAUAAAGUCCACGAAAAACGUGUAAAUAUUGUAGAAGUGUUUGUUUCUCGUAGAAACACACGGGUUCCAGUUUGUAAAUAUGUCUUUCCUUUUUUCCCAACUUUCCCUGAGAGAGAGCGAGAAAAAAAUCUGUACAUACCUUUCACGUACCUUAUUUUUAUUGGGUUUUUUGUUUUUCUGUUGUUUUUCUCUCCUCCUAAUUUGAUUUUAUUAUUUUAAUAUUAUUUGCAAUAUUGCUCUUGUAUUAAUGCGUUGGACCCUUUAUUAAUGGUGUAUUAAAAUAUUUUUU